AUGAGCAGCCCACCUUCUUCUCCCUUGAUGGACCCGGUGACCAUCAGCGAGGAUAUUGCCCCGUUGCCAUCCUUCAAGGCUAGCGGAGUUGCGGAUGUCGAUUUUGAUGGCGUUCUUUCCAAACCUAUCAAGGUACAUGAAGAUGUUCGAUCCGGUUGUGGUGGUCAGACGUGGCCAGCUGGAAUGCUUCUCGGCAAGCAUAUGCUGCGCUACCACAAAGAACGACUUGUUGAUGCCAGGAUAUUAGAACUUGGAGCUGGAGGCGGUCUUAUCGGACUUGCUGUCGCCCUUGAAUGCUCGCUUCGAAAUCCGUUACUGGUGACAGACCAGCUGGAGAUGUAUGAGUUGAUGCAGCAUAACAUCGAGCUAAACAACUUACAAGACAAGGCAAAAGCUAUGGUGCUCAACUGGGGAGAAGAUCUGCCAGCAACUGUGUUGGAGCAAAAACCAGACGUAAUUCUGGCUGGUGAAUGCGUUUACUUUGAACCAGCAUUUCCGCUCCUGAUGUCGACACUCAAAGCUUUAUUGGAGCUUAACCCCAAUGCUGUCGUAUACUUCUGCUUCAAGAAGAGAAGACGAGCUGAUAUGAACUUUGUCAAGAUGGCUAAGAAGGCAUUCAAGGUGGAAGAGAUCUUCGAUGAAGACCGGCCUGUUUUCCAGCGCCAGGGCUUAUUCCUUUUCUCCUUCACCAGCCGCCCAAAACAAACCAAAGCCACCAAAGGCCAGAGUGAACCUCAGUCUGCCAAAUGA